AUGGCCGGCACGUACACCCUGGGGUCCCCGUCCGAUUCGGAAUACUACGACGAUGAUCCCUGGGAACAGUUCAAGCAGUACUUUGAGUUCUCGUCGGAUCCAGCAGUCCGCCUCAAGUUCCAGAAGACGGUCCGGAAGUCGAAGCUGAGCGCGAACCUGUGCGCGCGGGGGUCGCUCAGCAUGGGGGGACUCAAAGUGCCGUCGAGUCAGGCGUACGCCACGCGCAAGGUCGAGCUCACCGCCAAGCCCGUCCACGGGUCCUGGAAGCUCUGGCCAGGCGUGAUCGAGAUCCACAAGAUCCACCUGGAGCCGUUCCAGGGCCGCGCGUUCGUGCAGACGCCGAGCAUAUCGCUGGGCCCCGUGAGCGUGCAGCUGAGCGUGGGGCUCAACAUGGAGGCGCCGCGCGGGACGUCGCCGCUGCUGUGGGGGUACCGGAUGCAGAUGUUCCAGGACGUCAACUUGAAGGAGGGGACGCCGAGCCACAAGCUGCGCCUCGGGAUGAACCCGGGGGGUAUUUCCCUCCGGAGUCAGCACUACAACAACUCGGCGCUCAAGGGGCGCAUGGGGUGGGACAUCAAGUGCAACUACCCCGCGUUCGCCGCGGGGAACUUCGGGAACGAUCUCGGACCCAUGGAGCACACCACGGCCUCGGCGGACGCCGACCUCGGCAAGAUCGCAAUCAACUGGCGCAGCGCGGACCUCAUCGUCGACAUGGACGCGGUGAAUUCCGCGUUCUCGCGGCGCCGCGAGCGGAAGGGCAGCGCGGAGACGACGACCAUCGUGAUGGACCUGGGGGACAGUAACAGAGAGCCCGCCUCGCUCGGAGGCAACGCGAGCAGCGUGCGGCCUGCGGGCUGGCAGGCUGCGUCGAUGGCGGACAUGCUCGAAAUCGACAAGGCGGCGUCGCGGUGA